AAAAAACGAAAUUGUGUUCUUCCAUAUAAAAUAGCAGUAUGAAGGUAUUCCUGUUGCUCACUGUCUCCUGUGCCAUCUGGUUGCAAACAUUUUCCAUGCGAUCUUAUGAAAAAUUAAAAGGCUGCAUGACACGGCAGCUUGGGUAUACAUUUACGGAAGAUAGCAAGUUAGAUGCUGAAGAUAGCUCACUUCAAAGCAAGUGUUUCUAUCAUUGCUUACUGGAAGUGAAAGGUGUUAUUGCCAAUGAUGCAAUCACUUCGGUCCAAUCGAGGAAAGAGCUUGUAAAACAGUAUGGCAUUACUGAUGUAGCGGAAUUGAAAAAGGCCGAGGAAAAGUGUCAUUCUAUCAAGACUUCUGGAAAAUGUGAAUUGGGGUACAAAAUCAUUAAGUGCUACCAGUCCAUUACCCAGCAUUAGACUACUAAGAACAGCAUAAAAGAACGCUCUAAUGUUCAGCCUUGAAUAUUAGGUACCUGCUAUUUUGACAACCAAUUAACUGUAGCGAAUUCAAAAGUUAAACAAAAUUAAUAAGUAUAGCUCAAAUAAAAUUAAUUAAAUAAAACAAAAAUUAUUUUAUCAAGCAGCCUUUGAAAUUAUGGAACUGUAUGCCAAAUAGAAGAAUACCUUACAUUUUUCAUUAGAAAAAAGGCUCGAGUCGUCAUCACACUGUAGUCCCAACAAUUUUUGGAUCAAAAUUUUAUUGUCAUAUAUCUUGGCUAAAUUUGAAGUUAUCCGUAAGAUUAACUAUGUCCAGCUACAGAAG